AUGGUUGAACUGUUGAUUGAACUUAUCUGUGUUGUUGGAUGUACAUGCUUCAUGAGUUUAUGUGUGAAACCAAAGGAAUUAAAAAGCGAUAGACGAAUGCCCGUCUCAAAUGAAAAAAUGCAAAAUGAAAGUUUGAAGGAGAAGAGUGGUGUUCCGUCCUCAAUAUCCGAUUUGUCUGCUGAACAUCUUCAAACUUGUCAGAAAAACAGAGCGGCAUUGCGAGAUCGAAGGAAGAAGUUUAACAAAGAAGCGAGCGGACGAUGGGUUUCAUUACAUUGUGGAGAACUUAAGAGUAUUGAGGAGGUGACGGACAUAAAAAGUGCAGAGAAUGGCGAGAAAGCUGAACAAGAUCGAAGUAAGAAAAGCAGAAGGAAAGAUGGAGCACCAGUUGUCAGAACAGAUCGCACAGUGAGUGAGAAAAGUGAGCGCAAAACCGAUAGGAAACGUUCGGCAAGUGACACAACCCUGCUGGCUGCGAAGACGCAGGACACGGAAACACGGUCAUUUAGUCUUUCACAUGAAGCCUUCACUAGAGAAGAAAGAGAGUGCAAAGGAUCGCCGGGAGCGGUUGCUGUUCCAAGAGAUACUCUUGCACUUUUGGAAGCCGCAGAACACAUGGUGCAUGACAAAGACGAUUACGUCAAUUUUGGUCCACCUCAGAAAGUGGGCGAAUAA